UGAAUCCAGUCGCACUUUACCCCUGCGUAAUAGGGCGACAUGGACGUCGACAAGCUCUUCAAGGUACCGAAGCUCCCGACUGGAGUAAAGCGCAAAUUACCAGAUAACCCUACCCCGGAGAUGUUAAAGAAAAUGCGGCUGGAUGCUCACGGUCAGGCCGACUCGGACCAUGAUGGUCACGAUGCUAUACUUCCGAACCGGCGAGCUACAGUGGAAGAUGAGCCAGAAGAAGACCAAGACACCCCUUUUGCCCCUGGAGGGGACGCUGAUUACUUCGCCGAAGAGGACGAAGAGGGUCGCUUUUAUGGAGGGGGUCUUACUAGCCAACAAAAAGAAAUCUUGAGCAUUUUUGAGAAGGCCGAGGGAGAGGGGAUUCAGGACGAGCCAGAAGAAGUGACACUUCCUAGUAUACGGAGGACGCUUACCCGCUUCGAGCGCGCGGUGAACAAAAACCAGGAUCAGCGGUCCAAGUAUCCCGAUGAUCCUACAAAGUUUAUUGAUUCAGAAGCGGACCUCGACAGCGCCAUCAAGUCUCUGUUGCCCCUUGCCCAGUCGCCGGUACUCGCAUAUCCGGAGAUUGUUCGUACGGGAGCGCUCACGCUGUUGAUUGGGCUUCUUAGUCACGAGAAUGUCGAUAUUGUCAUCGACACUGUGGAGCUUUUUAACGAAUUAACGGACGAGGAUGUUGGCAGCGAGGGCGAAGACGAUGCUGAAGAAGCCCAGGCCGCUUUGAAGGUUCUGAUAGAGGCAUUGGUGGAGCAUUCAAUACUCGAACUACUAGUUGACAAUCUCUCUCGUUUGAACGAAGCGGAGGAAUCGGACAGACAGGGCGUCUUUCUCAUCAUCGGUGUUUUCGAGAAUGUUCUUGGAUUUAAUCCGGACCUGUCUGAAAACCUUGUGGCUCAGACAAAGAUCAUGAAUUGGCUUCUUGAACGUAUUCUAUGGAAAGCUCACGACGAGAACCGCUGCUACGCCGCCGAAUUACUUUCGAUACUUCUGCAAAACAGCUCCGCGAACAGGGAGGAGUUGGGUAAGAAAGACGGCGUUGAGAACAUGCUGAGAGCUUUGUCGCAAUUCCGUAGACGUGAUCCUGUUGAUGCUGACGAGGCGGAGUUCAUGGAAAACCUCUUUGAUGCCCUGUGCUCAGCUCUGUCUGACCCUGGGGUAAAAUCCCUAUUCCUUGCUAGUGAAGGUGUCGACUUGAUGUUACUGAUGAUGAAGUAAGUCAUGCCCUUUAACCUGAGCUUACUUUCACGCCAGUUUUCCAGAGAAAAGCUUCAGUCGAAAUCACGCUCUAUCAAGGUGCUCGAUUACGCGAUGUCGGGACCGGCGGGAUCCGAAGUUUGCUCGACUUUCGUUGAGGCACUAGGGUUAAAGACGCUCUUUUCGGCAUUCAUGGGCAAAGUAUCGAAGAAGCAAAAGCGUAACGCCGGAACCCAGGCAACUGAAGACACAUCUCACAUAUUAGGCAUUAUCUCGUCAUUGUUUACGAAUCUCCCUUCGGCCUCGUCAGGCCGAAUACGUUUGCUUGCCAAAUUCGUGGAGAACGAAUAUGAAAAGGUAGACAAACUGCUGGAAAUUCGAGAACACGCUUCCAACCGCUUGAAGCAAGUCGACACUGAGAUUGAAACAGAGAAGAAGGUAUGAGUUACCUAUGAA